GCCCUCCUAGUAAAAUCCGAUAUUCAAGUUCUCUGGAGUUUAGCUCCGCUGCAACCAAAGCCAUGGCCUCCAAACAAAUGCUGCACAUGAAUCAUGGGCAAGGGGAAACAAGCUAUGCUCGCAACUCCAGUAUUCAGAGCACCGAGCAGAACAGGAUGAAGCACCUGAUAGAAGAUGCCAUAGUUGACUUAUGCAGCACCUUGUUGCCCGGAAAGAUGUUGAUCGCAGACUUGGGAUGCUCCUCUGGCCCAAACGCGCUAGCACUGGUCUCCAUUGCCGUCAAGGCCAUCCACAGCCACUGCCUUGAGUUUCAACAACCAACACCCGAAGUGUGCGUCCUCCUCAACGACCUCCCUGGCAAUGACUUCAACACGGUGGUGAAGAGCCUGGUUACGCUCCAACGAAGCAACGCGCCUGUUGUCGUGACCGGUAUCGCACCGGGGUCAUUUUAUGGGAGGCUCUUCACUAGUGGUUCCCUGCAUCUUGUGUGCUCGUCCAACAGCCUGCAUUGGCUCUCAAAGGCUCCUGAGAAUCUAACGAGGAACCGGAUCCCGGCGUAUGACGUUGAUGAGCAUGCUAGGCGUGAAAGGCUCCCUGUGGUGCUUGACGCUUAUGCACAGCAGUUCAAGAAAGAGUUUAGACUUUUCCUGGAGCUGAGAGCCAAAGAAUUAGUGCCAGGAGGCCAGAUGGUUGUUUCCCUUGGAGGCAGGCAUUCCAAUGAUAUUGCCUCAAAGUCCAUUCGCCCCUGUGAAGCCUUAUAUGAGAUUUUACAUGUCAUGGACUCAGAGGGUGUGGUUGACAAAACAAAGAUUGAUUCUUUCUACGUGCCGAUAUAUGGACCUUCCGACGAAGAGCUGAGGGAGGUCAUCCAAGACGAGGGCUCAUUUUUUAUCAGGGAGAUGCUUGUCCACGACCUUACAAGUGGCAUCGACAGAGCUCUCAUCACUGCGAGCUGGUACGCAAACCAUAUGAGAGCCGCUUUCGAGCCGAUUGUUGUGCAGCAUUUUGGAGAAGUGAACAUGGAUGAAUUUGUGAGGGCCGCGGAGCAGCGCUGGAGCCUGGAGGGAAGCUUGCAGGACGAGCUUUCCAGACGCACAUUAGCUUUGGUAGCCGUAUCACUGACCAAGGCAUGAUGAUCAGAUAACCGGGCGGCCCGUGUGUCACCGCUUGAUUUCCUUCAGGGAACAAGGAUACCACAUUAAUUUGAUGAGAUCAUUGAAUCGUUGCCUUUUCUGAUAUUUGGCUACACCAUCAUUUAUAUCCUGUGGAAAUUAAAACUUUAUGUUUUCGUUGUAGUUGGUAUUUCCUUCAGUGUAUGAACUGCAAUAAUGGGUCUGAAGCAGCAGAAGAUCAAAGUGUUAUUAGUUUCUUUUGAAGUAAAGACUUCUUUGAGCUA